GGCAGAGAGAGCUGGGGAAGAGGGUGGGUACAUGUGCCUUUCAGGUGUGACCGGGCCACCUUUGAGAAGAGGCAGCAGGUUCCAGAAAGCGGGGUGUGGCAGCCAUGAAGGCCCACCACUCAGAUUUCCUUCCAGAAAGCCUGCUGGGAGAAGCAUUUAGCUGCCAGCCUCCAGCUGCGGGUGUUCUCAUGCUCGGUCCUGGCCUUCCAGCCCGGGCAGCCCCAGCUGUGCAGAGCAUGGCAGUGGUGCCAGGGUUCACAUCUACGGGCUGUCUUUGCACUGGUUUCGCAUGAGCCAGCCCAGGCUCCCUCCCUGUAGCCCUGAAGCUCUUCCUCCCUCCCGGUCUAUAGGCUGGGCCUUCCCUCCAUCGUCCACAGCAGGUGUUACUCCCACUGAGAACCUUGCAUUCUGACUGUCUUGGUCUCUGUUUCCGAGAACCCAACCAGUGUGGGGUCUCAGGUUUCCCCUCUACCCUCUCCACCGAGCAAGGCCCCCUCUCUCGGUCAUGGCCUCGGUGGCGCAGCCGCAUGGAAAUGCUACAGGCAGAAGAAUGCUUUCCUUCUGUCCCUUCCCAGCUAAGCCGGGGUGGGAGUGGACACUCUUAUGUCCUCUGCAGGGUCUCCGCACCCUUCUCUUGUGACAUAUGUGGACAUGUAUCACAUCUGCUGAGAAAGAAAGUGGUACUGAGUCCAAAGCACAAGGGAGACACAGAGCCCCGUGAUCUGUGCCAUGGUGGGGCUGUGGGUGCGGUGGUGCGGCGGAGGGAGGACUGCGCUUCUCAGCCAGCUGGUCCGGGAGGACUCCCGGUGGAAGUGCUAUUCGAGCCGAGUCCUCAGAAAGGAAGACAGAGGAAGCCUCGGCCACUGGACCCCGGCGAGGGCUCCAAGGACACAGACAGUUCAGCUGGGCGGCGGGGCAGCGCCAGCAGAAGGCAUGGGCGCUGGCGGGGCCGUGCCGAGAGCCCGGGUGUGCCCGUGGCCAAAGUGGUGCGGGCAGUUACCAGCCGGCACAGAGCUAGCCGGAGGGUCCCUCCCGCCCCACCCCCAGAGGCCCCUGGCCGCCAGAACCUGAGUGGGGCGGCAGCCGGGGAGGCCCUGGUUGGGGCAGCUGGCUUCCCACCACAGGGAGACACAGGAAGUGUGGAGGGCGCCCCGCAGCCCACAGACAAUGCCUUCACCCCCAAGUGCGAGAUUUUGGGCAAGGACGCGCUGUCUGCGCUCGCCCGGGCCAGCUCCAAGCAGUGCCAGCAAGAGAUCGCCAAUGUGGUGUGCCUGCACCAGGCCGGAAGCCUCAUGCCCAAGGCUGUGCCCCGGCACUGCCAACUGGCUGGGAAGAUGAACCCCGGCAUCCAGUGGGAUGAGGCCCGGGCCCAGCAGCCCAUGGAGGGCCCCCCAGUACGAAUUGCCUACAUGCUGGUGGUUCAUGGCCGGGCCAUCCGCCAGCUGAAACGUCUCCUCAAGGCUGUCUACCAUGAGCAGCACUUCUUUUAUAUCCACGUGGACAAGCGCUCCAACUACCUGCACCGGGAGGUGGUGGAGCUGGCCCAGCACUAUGAUAAUAUUCGGGUGACGCCCUGGCGCAUGGUCACCAUCUGGGGCGGGGCCAGCCUGCUGAGGAUGUAUCUGCGGAGCAUGCAGGACCUGCUGGAGGUGCCUGGCUGGGCCUGGGACUUCUUCAUCAACCUCAGUGCCACCGACUACCCAACCAGGACCAACGAAGAGCUGGUGGCUUUCCUGUCCAAGAACCGGGACAAGAAUUUCCUCAAGUCACAUGGCAGGGACAACUCCAGGUUCAUCAAGAAACAGGGCCUGGACCGGCUCUUCCAUGAAUGUGACUCGCACAUGUGGCGCCUGGGAGAACGGCAGAUCCCGGCCGGCAUCGUGGUGGACGGCGGCUCUGACUGGUUCGUGCUCACGCGUAGCUUCGUGGAGUACGUGGUGUACACAGAUGACCCACUGGUGGCCCAGCUGCGCCAGUUCUACACCUACACACUGCUCCCAGCCGAGUCCUUCUUCCACACGGUGCUGGAGAAUAGCCCGGCCUGCGAGAGCCUUGUGGACAACAACCUGCGGGUCACCAACUGGAACCGCAAGCUGGGCUGCAAGUGCCAGUACAAGCACAUUGUGGACUGGUGCGGCUGCUCCCCCAAUGACUUCAAGCCGCAGGACUUCCUACGGCUGCAGCAAGUCUCCAGACCCACCUUCUUUGCCCGGAAGUUUGAGUCCACUGUGAACCAGGAGGUACUGGAAAUCCUGGACUUCCACCUGUAUGGCAGCUACCCCCCCGGCACGCCAGCCCUCAAGGCCUACUGGGAGAACAUCUACGAUGUGGCCGAUGGCCCCAGUGGGCUCAGUGAUGUCAUGCUCACCGCUUACACCGCCUUUGCCCGCCUCAGCCUGCACCAUGCCGCCACCACUGCGCCUGCACCGGCCACCUCACUGUGCAGGUUUGAGCCCAGGGGCUUGCCGUCCAGUGUGCACCUGUAUUUCUAUGACGACCAUUUCCAGGGCUACCUGGUGACGCAGGAGGUGCAGCCCUCAGUCCAAGGGCCAGCAGAGACGCUUGAGAUGUGGCUGAUGCCCCGGGGGUCGCUGAAGCUGUUGGGGCGCAGUGACCAGGCCAGCCGGCUCCAGAGUUUGGAGGUUGGCACCGAGUGGGACCCCAAAGAGCGUCUUUUCCGGAACUUUGGGGGGUUGCUGGGACCACUGGAUGAGCCUGUGGCCAUGCAGCGCUGGGCCCGGGGCCCCAACCUCACAGCCACCGUGGUGUGGAUAGACCCCACCUAUGUGGUCGCCACGUCUUACGACAUUGUGGUAGACGCAGAGACAGAGGUUACCCAGUACAAGCCCCCACUGAGCCGGCCCCUGCGGCCAGGGGCCUGGACUGUUCGACUGCUUCAAUUUUGGGAACCCCUGGGUGAGACCCGCUUCCUCGUGCUGCCCUUGACCUUCAACCGCAAACUACCUCUCAGGAAAGAUGAUGCGAGCUGGCUGCAUGCCGGGCCCCCCCACAAUGAGUACAUGGAGCAGAGUUUCCAGGGCCUCAGUGGCAUCCUGAACCUGCCUCAGCCAGAGCCCGCGGAGGAGGCUGCCCGGCGGCACGCCUUGCUCACAGGCCCGGAGCUUGAGGCCUGGACAGAUGGGGAACUGAGCGAACUCUGGUCUGUGGCUGGACUAUGUGCCACGGGCCCCUCUGCCUGCCCCUCCCUGGAGCUCUGCAGACUGACAAGCUGGAGCUCUCUGUUCCCCGACCCCAAAUCUGAGCUGGGGCCUGUCAAAGCAGACGGGCGACUCAGGUAGCAGAGCCCCAGCCAGCACCUCCAGAAGACCUGGGGAAUUGCACCUUACGGACGACAGAGGGAUGUCCCCCAACAGGCAAGGACCAGAGGCCCAGGCAAUACGCCCAUGUCAGCUAUCAAGAACCCGCACAGACGCAAGGAAGGGGGGCGUAGUAUUUACUACUGCUGACGGCUCUGCUGGGGACCAGACGGUGGCAUGAAUGUGGGGAGAAGGGCUCCAGUUUCCACACCCCACUCUUCCAAACCUUCUCUAUUUUUUUUUUUUAAAGGAAAAUGGGUGGUGGUAGAGGAACUGGAAACAAAAGAUGUGCAAUAGGGCUCAGAGCAGCCCCAGGAAGUGGGCCAUGGCUCUGGGGAGCAGGGGCCUGAUGAGCCCAUCUGCUGUUGCUCUGGAGGUGGGGCCUGCCUCACUCUCCAGGGCCUUGUCCCCCAGCCUGGGCCUGUGGUGCUCAUGGCUGAGGCUCUGUAAGUGCCAUGCCAGGCUCUGAGGCCCAGAGAACAGGUGAUUGGGGGAGCACUGCAGAGCUGGACUCUAGUGGGACAGCCUCUCCUUUUGUAGCCAGGGGAACACAGAAGAGGGGGUGGGGCUGGUUCUAGGGCUUUCCAGUAUGCCCUGCUCCCCGAUGGGAAAGGCAGGGCACCAGGGCCUACUGAGACCAAUGCAGAGUCUCCCAGGUACCCAGAACUGCAAGCAGGGCCUGGGCUCCUGCCCUGAAGGGGCGAGCCCUCAUGAGCAGCAUGGGAAGACUCUGUCAGGGCUCUCAGAAGAACCUGGAGCAGCAUUGUGCCUGAAGCUCAGUGUGAAGUCUGAAAUAUGCAACAGAAGAAAUAUAUCUCUAUGUCUCUAA